CCAAUUUCCAUUUGUAUAACCAAACAGAGAAACACACACAAAAAAAACAUGGAGUCAAUUCAAUCAUGGGUUUCAAAACACAAACUCGCCACAGUUGGUGGACUUUGGGCAUCUGGAAUUGGAGCAACACUGGUAACAUAUUCACGUACAAAAUCUCCUUUGAAGCCAAGUCUUAGGCUUAUCCAUGCUAGAAUGCAUGCUCAGGCACUAACAUUGGCAGUACUGUCCGGUGCGGCGGUUUAUCGCUAUUAUGAGAAUCGCGUUGUCGAGACAAAACAAGAGGAGGAGAGUAUUCAUGCGACAAGUUUGGUUCAAAUGGAUGAGUGGGAGCUUCUUUGUCCUUAUUAAAUUCAAAAGCUUGUAAUUUUUUUUAUGGUGUUCAAUUUAAUAGAGCCAAGAUAAACAGAAAGGACAAAAGAGAAUAUUUUGUUGUUGUGUAUUUUGGUUGAUAUAAGUUUCUAGAGUGAAAGAUGUUCUGAGUUAUAUAAUUAUCAUGUAUUAGCAAUCAAUUCUUGAUUGUAAAAUGCUCUUAUCUAAUUUUUAUUUUAAAAAGGUUAUAGUGUUA